AUGAUUUCGUGUUUUUUCGAUUUCCUGUUCGGCACACCCGCAAUCGGCGCAGUCGCCGUUCUCGCGGCGAUCGUUUACUAUUACACGACCAACACGUACGACAAGUGGUUGAAGUUGAAAGUACCCCAUGACCCACCGUGGCCGCUGGUGGGCAACACGGUGAAGAUGAUGACUUUGAUUGAACAUCAGUUGGCCACCAUCGACGGGAUUUACAAACGGUUUGCCGGCGAGAAAUACUGCGGUUUCUAUCAGAUGAAGACGCCGUUCCUGAUGGUCCGCGAUCCGGAGCUGAUCAACAAUAUACUGAUCAAGGACUUCUCGAACUUCACGGACCGUGGUUUCCACAAGGACCCGGCCUUGAACAUAAUCGCCAACGGGUUGUUCUUCAUGGAGGGUCCCAAAUGGAAGGUGAUGAGACAGAAACUGAGUCCGGGAUUCACGUCCGGCAAGCUGAAGUUGGCCCACAACCAGAUCGCGGAGUGCAGUGACGAACUGAUGCGAUUUAUCACUGCCAAAAUGAAAGAAACCGACCAGAUCGAAGUCAAGGAGACCAUGGGAAAGUACUCGACAGACGUCAUCGGGACGUGCGCUUUUGGUUUGAAAUUGGACACCGUCAAGAACGAAGAUUCCGAUUUCCGGUUGUACGGCCGGAAAAUAUUGAAGAUGAGCUUCCGGUUCUUGUUGACCGAAAUGGUUUCAUCAAAAAUAUUGAAACUGUUGGGGGUCACCGAGUUCCCACCCGAUGCUUCUGCGUUUUACGAAGCAGCUUUCAACGAGGUUAUCAGGUACAGGGAGGAAAACGGAAUAGUCCGACACGACGUGGCGCAGACCUUGAUAGAAGCGAAAAAAGAAUUGGUGUUGGACUCGACCGAUGAAAAUGGAUUUACUGAGCAGCAUAUUAUAGCAAAUGCGAUCCUGAUGUUUUUGGCCGGUUUUGAACCCGUUUCUUCCACGUUGAGUUUCUGUUUGUAUCACUUAGCACUGAACCAAGACAUCCAGGACAAAAUUCGUGACGAGAUUAAUUCAAAGUUGAAACAACACGGAAAACUAAACAACGAUUUUUUGGUCGAUCUCCAUUACACCGAUAUGGUUUUGGCAGAAACAGAACGCAUGUACGUAGUGACUAACGCGUUGUUUAGGGAAGCGGCGAAGACGUAUCACGUACCCGGCGACACGUUGGUGAUCGAAAAGGGAACCAAGAUCAUGAUUCCUAUUUAUAGUAUUCAUCACGACCCCAAGUAUUACCCCGAACCGUACACCUUUGACCCGCAAAGGUUUUCACCGGAAGAAAAGGCAAAAAGGCAAUCCAGUACUUACUUACCGUUUGGCGACGGUCCACGGUUUUGCAUAGGAAAACGAUUCGCCGAACUGGAAAUGAAAAUGGUACUGUCACAAAUUAUUACGACGUUUCAAAUUUUACCAUGUGAAAAAACAGAAGUACCGCUCAAACUACAAAACGGAUUACCCAUGAUGGUUGCAAAAAACGGGAUUUGGUUACGUUUUCAAUCCAUUUCUGAAUAA